AUCCAUCAUUUAUGUCAGAAUUAAAGAAAAAUAAUUCAGUUACAGUAAACGGCGUAACAUAAAAUAGGUUUGAUUGUCAUGUUCUUACAGAUGAAAAAUUACGCGCUCUUCUGACACUCGGGUUCAGUUGUAAAACAAUUCGUCAAUGAGAAUAAUUUACACAUGGUGUGUAGAUCGGUACCAGUGUAUGUACAAAACUACUUCUCCUCAAGCCGUCCUACCACAUUGUUCUUUACGCAGAGCAGCGAGACACACUUCUGGUAACAGCCGGUGACGAUGGUGAACACGAUGACAUCAGAAGCUGAGUGCGACCAGCAUUGCUCUCCGAGCGUACGGCUAUGCGACAUAGAGCGGCCUGCCACGGGUUCUUGUGGGUUUCAUUUGACCCGAAGCAAAUGGGACCCAUACCCAUGGGUGAGUGGGGUGGAGUCGGGAUCAGCUGCGGAGACUGCAGGACUCCAGGCUGGAGAUUGCGUGCUGGAGGUGAACGGAGAGGAUGUCCUGGGUCUGAGGAUAGGAGACGUCGCUUCCAAAGUGCGCGCGAGGGAGGACCGCGUCACUCUGCUGCUCUGGAACGCCGGGUCGGACCCCAGCUGCAGCCCCGAGUCGCUGUGCUGCGGUCCAAUGCCGUCGAACCUACAGCGCCUCUCAGCCUGCAUGAGCUCCAUUCUGGCCGUCCUUGAGUGUCCAGUUUGUCUUGACACGAUCCCACCCCCUGCACACCAGUGCGGCAACGGGCACCUAAUCUGCGUCAAAUGCCGAGUCAAGACCGAACGCUGCCCCAUCUGUCGUAUGCGUUUCUGUAGAGCCCGCAGUCUUCUUGCCGACCAAGUGUUCAACUCCCUCACAGAAGCCUUCGGGAUAAAGGACGAAGUUGAAGAAACACGACCCGCCAAGUUGCGAGAACGUCUUUUUGGAUCCAAGAAAAAUAAGCAAUCUCAAGAAUCAAAAACAAAGCCGGAACUAAAGAUCAACCUGGUGAUGCCCCCUACUAACAAGUUCCUGACACGCAUCCUGGGGAAGUCGUCAUCAGUAGAAAAUCUAUCAUCUACCCCCGUGAAUAUUUCAGCAAUUCCAAGGCAUUUAUCUGCAGUAAUAGAUUCAGAAUUCUCUUCUAAUCUCAAAGCCAAGUCUCUUUCUACUAGUGAGAUAUGUCACCCUUUAGGCUCUAGACCAGUGUCUCGGUCACCGUCAGUCAACUCUACGCACUUUAUCGGCAGUACAUUCCUCGACGUUCCGACCUAUCUGGGUUCAAAGCGACCUGCUUCUUACCAUGGCUCCUGUGAAUCACUUGAUUCUGACUUCACUGAUUCCCUGCUGUACUGUUGUCCCUGCGAACAACAAUGCCCUUGUCUCCUAAAGGCCUCGGAGGUGUUGCAGCAUAUCCAAGAAUCUCACGAAGGCCCCUUAAUGCAUUACUUUAAACCUCGACUGUCUCUUAGUCUUCCUUUAGCAUUCGAAGAAACAGCUGUGGUAGCUGUAAAUCACGACAGAAACACAUUUUUCUUGAAAGUGGUUCGGCAGCUUCCAGCCGCUGACACUCUAGUGUGGCUCUGGAUGAUCGGGUCUCAACAGGAAGCGAAUAAUUACGACCUUGUCUUGAACGUAAAGGGACACGGCGAUCACGCAAGAGACCUUACCUUCCGGCACAGAGCCUUAUCAUUGUCUUCAACUUCCUGGUCACAGAUAUCUAAAUCUCAAGAUGGUAUUUGUCUUACAGCGAGCAUCCUUACAGAAAACUUUGCUACUCAACUAGAAUCUGGUAUUCCAAUUAAAAUGGAGGCCGAGGUGAAGGUUGCAGACUGUUAGUGUCUACCACACGGCGAAUCAGAAACUCUUUUAUGAUGUGUUGAUUCGUAUCUGUACAAGGUCAUCUUUAAGCAUUCUGCGCAAACACAAUUUGUCUGACGGCACAUUCACUAAUUAGCAUAUCUAUAACAACUGAACUGUAAUAACUUUAACUUAAUGUAUUAUAGAUAAUGUGGUUCCAUAUAAUAAAUAUGAAGUACUGCAUGAAACGUAUAAGUUAUUACGUUGAUGCAACACGACAGUUGGAUCAGACCAAUGCACAGUCGCAAUUAGUGAUCUAAGAAUAUCAGGGUAAUAUUUUGUACAAAAUAACAAAGCCCAAACGUUAAAGAUUAAUUCUGACAUAUUUUAUAAUUUGACUUGAAGACCAAGCAAUGUAAACUGCAUUUCAUGCAGAACAACGCUACGGCCCACAAAACUAACGAAUCUAUGAAUGCGUUUUAGA